ACGAGUGGCAAACGAUAGGCAAAGGAAAUGUUAUUCUUCGAUGCCAAUUGCCAAAUUAAUAUCAUAGAUUUACAGAUUUCAUUCCUAAUGAAAUUUAAUUAUAUACAAUAAAAGACUAAGGUGGCAUGUGAAAACAUAAAAAUGAGCUCUGAUGAAGAAACGUUUGUUAUUAUCGUCGGAGACGACGAUUAUGAAAUUCCUGAUUCAGUAAAAGAUGUUGUAGAAAAUAGUGAAAUUACUCAUCUGACUUCUCUAGAUGAAAUUGAGACAGAAAAUGUUGAAAUAAAAGAAGAGCCAGAGGAUUAUUUCUUUAAGGAGGAACCUGUUGAUGACUUAGAUGAAGAAUAUGCUCCUAAAAGUGAGACUUCAAGUGAUGAUGACUAUAGCGACGAUGACAUUAAUAAUGUGAAUAGGAGUCGACGGAAAAGGGUUAAAGUCAUAACAUCAUAUGUCCAGGAACUAAGGGAAGCAUAUCCAGAGUUGCGAAAUGAUAGAAAAAUGUUGAUAAAUAUUUUAUCACAGAUAAUGAAAGCAAUGAAACCACCACCUUUGCCUCGGGAUUAUUUUAUAAUGAAUGGCAUUAUGUUAGAAUGUAUAGAAUGUGGUAAAUUAUCCAAUGGCAUACCGGCAGCUGGUCGCCACUAUCAGGAAUAUCAUGGAGAAAGAUACCUUAUUUGUUUUGCUUGUGGAGUUGACUUUAGGAGUCCUACAAAUCUAUAUAAACAUGAGAAGCGAUGUCCUGCGCCAGACAUCGGGAUUGUCCUCAAGGCUCGAGCUCGGCACAUAGGCAACAAGGCACGAGCUAGGCCAUUCUUAUCAUAUGAGAAACCUAAGGAACGCACAGAUGACUGGAUGUGCAGCAUGUGUCCCGCGCGGUACAGCUCCGCGGGCGGGCUGGAGGCCCACGAGCUCGUGCACGCAGGACUUCGCCCCCAUCGCUGCACGUGCUGCGACCAUGCGUACACCUCGCGGUCUGCACUGCUGCGGCACGCCCGCAAGCACUCGGGCGAGCGCUACACGUGCGACCACUGUGGCCGCGACUUUAGUUCCAAGACCGCGAUCGCUGCGCACAUGGACACGCACCUACCGCUGAAGAAGUACGCGUGUACGGAGUGCGAGAAGCGUUACGCGCAGAAGUCGGCGCUGCGCCUGCACGUGCGCCGCGACCACCGCCGCCUGCCGCCGCCGUGCGCCUGCCAGCUGUGCCCGCGGAGAUAUCCCCGAAUGUCAUUACUCAAACAGCAUAUGAAGAAGGCGCAUGGCUUGUUACUUAUGACUAGAAAGAUGUACUACAAGAUGCUGCCAACGCUCACAGAUUCGCAAGUAGAACAAGCCAAAGUCGUGUUACAGUCACAAGUGGAAACUGGAACGCUUCUAGAUGACUUGUGUCUAGAUACAGAUGUUAAACAAGAAACAGACUAUUUUAUUAUGCAAGACUAGUUAAUGUUACCAAAUUAAUAAUGUGCAAGGAUUUUUGAAAUGUGGUCCAAAAAAGUGAAAGUGUAUACUUAGAAAGUGUUAUUUUUCAGUGAGUCGUGAAAUAACUACAUUGAAGAAGUGGAUUGUGAAGAUUUGUUUUUGUAGCGAGUUGUGAAAAGUUAUUUCACUUUAUAUCAAUGCUGUCUAUUGCAUACAUGUCUAAAGGACAGUUUCUGAAUUGAGAAUUGAUUUGAUUAAAGAUUAAGAAAACUUAUGUACAUUUAAAAAUGUCUAAGAAGUCAUCUAUGUACGAUUUGAGACGUUUUUAACGUAAAUACUGAAUUUAGGAACCGUUUGUAAGUGUCCAAGUAAAAUAUGUUUUGUCAAAAGUUACAUACUAUAGUAUAUUUUAGUAGAAAUGUUUUUUUCACCAUAAAUGUUCAAUAAGUGAAGUCUGUAAGUGUAAAUUUCAAUGUUAUAUUAAAAAUGGACAUAGAUCCAUAAGUGUAAAUAUUAUAACUUACAUCAAUGACCUAUUAUACUAGACUUACAUUGUGAAAAAAAGCUCAAUUCUACUAUAGUUUUGACUGAUUUUUAAUUGAUAUAUUUUCAUCACAAUACCAUUCACACAAAAAUUGCAUAUUAUGUAAAUAAACACGCAUAUGCAUAAUUGCAUAGUUCUGGGUUUUAUGCUCAAUAUUAUUAAAAAUAUACUUUUAAAGUGUUUGGUACACAGUGUACAUUACUAUGUAUCAAAAAAAAUAUUACAAAGAGUGGGAUUACUAUAAUAAUAUGUGAUUCCAACUCGAAACUUGAUUUGCAUACUGGAUAUAAUUUUAA